AUGGCUAACGUGUACAAGUUUCUUAAGAAGACCCAUUCCACGCAAAUUGAAGUGAUACCAUGCAAAAUUUGUGGUGAUAAGUCCUCUGGAAUACACUAUGGAGUCAUCACAUGUGAAGGCUGCAAGGGAUUCUUUCGGAGGAGUCAGCAGAACAAUGCCUCCUACUCCUGCCCAAGGCAGAGAAACUGUUUAAUUGACAGAACCAACAGAAAUCGUUGCCAACACUGCCGACUGCAGAAAUGUCUUGCCCUGGGAAUGUCUAGAGAUGCUGUGAAAUUUGGAAGAAUGUCCAAAAAGCAGAGGGAUAGCUUGUAUGCUGAAGUGCAGAAACACCAGCAGCGAUUGCAGGAACAGCGGCAGCAGCAGAGUGGCGAGGCAGAAGCCCUUGCCAGGGUUUACAGCAACAGCAUCAGCAAUGGCUUGAGCAACCUGAAUAAUGAAACAGGCAGCACCUACUCAAAUGGGCACGUCAUCGACCUGCCAAAGUCUGAGGGUUAUUACAACGUGGAUUCUGCCCAGCCUUCUCCAGAUCAGUCUGGAUUAGACAUGACUGGAAUCAAACAGAUAAAGCAGGAACCUAUCUAUGACCUUACCUCUGUACCAAACUUGUUUACCUACAGCUCAUUCAACAAUGGGCAGUUAGCUCCGGGGAUAUCCAUGACUGAAAUAGAUCGAAUUGCACAGAAUAUCAUUAAAUCUCAUUUGGAGACUUGCCAAUAUACAAUGGAGGAACUACACCAGCUAGCAUGGCAGACCCACACGUAUGAAGAAAUUAAGGUUUAUCAGAGCAAGACCAGAGAAGCUCUGUGGCAACAGUGUGCCAUUCAGAUCACACACGCUAUCCAGUACGUUGUGGAGUUUGCGAAGCGGAUAACAGGUUUCAUGGAGCUCUGCCAGAAUGACCAAAUUCUUCUCCUUAAGUCAGGCUGCUUGGAAGUUGUUUUGGUGAGAAUGUGCCGUGCCUUCAACCCACUCAACAAUACUGUUUUGUUUGAGGGAAAGUAUGGAGGGAUGCAAAUGUUUAAAGCCUUGGGUUCUGAUGAUCUGGUGAAUGAAGCAUUUGACUUUGCAAAGAAUUUAUGUUCCUUACAGCUGACUGAGGAGGAGAUUGCCUUGUUUUCAUCUGCAGUUCUGAUAUCACCAGAUCGAGCCUGGUUAAUAGAGCCAAGGAAGGUCCAGAAGCUUCAGGAAAAAAUAUACUUUGCACUUCAGCAUGUGAUCCAGAAGAACCAUCUUGAUGAUGAGACUUUGACGAAGUUAAUAGCCAAGAUACCAACCAUUACUGCACUUUGCAACUUGCACGGAGAGAAACUACAGGUAUUUAAACAGUCUCAUCCAGAUAUAGUGAACACACUGUUUCCUCCCUUAUAUAAGGAGCUUUUCAAUCCAGACUCAACCACUGGCUGCAAGUGA